GGAUCGCGGAAGCGCGCCAACGCAGUAGAUAGUAGUAGUACGGCAGUUCCCGCGUGUUUCUUCGACCAUGCGGCAGCUCCACUACACGUUGGCAGUGAUCCUCGCGUCGCUAUUGGCUGCCAGUAGCGUCGCAGCGUCAAGCUGUCCCAAUUUCACAAAAGAGCUCCUGGAAGACCUACUUAGUAAUGAAGCAAGGAAGAUAACGAUUGCGAAUGACGAGACUCUGUGUGACAAUGACCAGCAGCUGACUUCUGACGCGGAGAGGGCUGCAACAGUAAUUAUCGAGUACAGCUGCAGCGGGGAGGAUUGCGUGGUAACGGGGCACGACUACGCAUUGGUUGAUAUAAGGUGUAUCGACGGGAUUUGGAACGAAGAAAGCUUCGCCCCAAGGCAGAGUGAUCUGUAUGGUUUAGUGAGCACCGGAGGCAUAAUUCCGAACUCUUGCGCCGAUUGCAUCGACAUGACGACCCUCAUCGAAAUCGAAACUACCCCAGAAACCCUCCGGGAAAUUUGGAUUACAACGAGACAACACACUGUCUGGAGCUUCCCAUGUGCCAUGGAUCUGAUGAGUCUUUCCUCGGGUACUUCAGUGCUAGAGAGUGCUGUGUAGAUAUAGAGGAAGGU